CACUUUUCAACAUUCAACUUUGCUGAUGCUGAAAAUUGGGCUGACUCGAAUGAAAAGAAAGCUCUAAGUUUGGAGCUAAACUUUUAAUAAUUGUUAAAUUGUUUGCCAAUUGUUUUGUUCAAUUUGUAGAAUUAUUUUAAUGUAGCCUGCCAAUUCCUCUACAUUACGCUGAUGUAAAAUAAACUCUGAGCAGUAGAAGUUUAAGUUGACAGUUCGCUUUCCAGAAGCAGCAAUAGUGCAUCAUUAUUUUGAUGUGUUCAUACAGUCGGAUUUAGGUGAUGUGGAAUUCACAAACACACCCAGUAGAUCCUGGAUGCGAAUCUGGCUUAGGAAGUGAUUCCGAUAACAUGGCCGAAUUAGCAGCUUUACUCACCAACGAAAUCCCCGAGGGGAGACAUAAUCUGUCUGACAGUCACAUCAAUUUAGAAAGAGUUGCAGAUUACUGCGAAACGAACUACCUUCAGAUUGAGAACAAGAGAAUGGCUUUAGAAGAAACGAAGAACUAUACAACUCAAUCGUUGGCCAGUGUAGCGUAUCAAAUAAACACAUUGGCGUAUAACUUCCUUCAACUGCUCGAUUUACAAGCAUCUCAGUUAUCGGAGAUGGAAAGUCAAAUGAAUCAUAUAUCGCAGGCUGUUAUGAUUCAUAAAGAAAAAGUAGCUAGGCGUGAAAUUGGUGUUUUGACCGCCAAUAAAACGAUCAAUCGGCAAUACAAGAUAAUCGCUCCUGUUAAUCCAGAAAAACCCAUAAAAUAUGUUCGAAGGCCGAUAGAUUACAACGUUUUGGAUGAUAUCGGUCAUGGAGUUCGUAGCGCUACACCACGUCUUCGGCAACGAGGUACGAGUCAAGGAAGCAUUCAGUCUAUAACGAGUGUGAAUACUACUUCAGCAGCCAGUGUGGGACCGGCUCCUACGACUAAACCUCCAACACCCCCGGCUGCGGUUCGAGGAACAGGUUCGCUGACUAAAAAUUCCAGGGAUUAUAGAGCACCUCCUGCUGUAGCACCUCCUCAGGUACCUAGUCAUUAUGCGCCGAAUUAUCCAAUGGGACAUGUCCGUCGAGAAAGAGGAGCCGGUUAUAGUACACUGCCGAUGCCUCAAUCCGGUCAUCACACAUUACCUCAUCAAAGUUCUGGGUCUCCACAAAUCGGUAUGGUUCAUCCAAUUCCACAACAUACUCAAUCGACACCUCCAAUGUCUACUUCACCUGCUGCUUCAUCGAUGAUGAAUUCAAAUGAUAUUAAUAUGCCUCCUCCACCUUCUCCGUUGACUUUAAGUACAAGCGGUAUCGGUUCAGGAGCUGGUGACUACAGCGAUCAUAAUUCCAGUGGUGGUUCGUCCAUAGUUGGAAGUCAGACCAUAUACCGAAGUGGAAGUAUUCACCACAAUAUACCAAUUAAUAUUGGUAUAGCUAAUCAGAUCCAUCAUACGAUGCCUCUUCGUCAAGGUAGUUGUUCACCUCCUCUACCACCGCCUCCUAGUAUCGAAGAUGAACAUGCUAGAUUCGGCCAGCCGCAAGGUGGUCCUGGUCAUGUACCCAUUGUUUCUGAUGAACCCGAUUUGCCCGGAUGGGUACCGAAGAAUUACAUAGAAAAAGUCGUUGCUGUAUAUGACUAUUACGCUGAUAAAGAAGACGAAUUGAGUUUCCAAGAAAACGCCGUCAUAUAUGUUUUGAAGAAAAAUGACGACGGAUGGUGGGAAGGCGUGAUGGAUGGUCUAACCGGUCUAUUUCCCGGCAAUUACGUUGAACCAUGCAUGUAGUUCGACUCGUUCAUUUGCUCUAUUCCUUAUUAUAAUAUCAUGCUUGAAAUUAAUAUCGCUAUACCUAUUUUUACUCGAACAUUUUAUGAUUUCUUCUUCGUAUCAGCGACGAAUUAAUCGAUUAUUAAGUAAGAAUUUCGUAAAAAUUUAUUCAUUUUGAAAUAUCAUUCCAAAUGAGAAUUCUUCCAUUACCUUGAAAAAACUAAUAAAUGUCAACUUUACCAACCGUUCUAUAUCCUGGUUUAUGUUUUUACAUUUUAUACGUGCAAUGCUAGUAAAAUGCAUCGAAAACGACCAGUUGAUGAGGUUUCAUAUGUUAUUUAUUUACUUUAUAUUUUAUAUUUUUAAAUCAUACUAAAAUAAUAUCUAUUUCAAUAAGUUUUUAUUAUUUUAAUAAAUUAUUAUAUUAUGA